AUCUAUACGGGCGCCGAAACCCGGGCAGUGAUGAACUCGAGCAAGGCACACACCAAAAUGGGCCGUAUCGAUCGGGAGAUUAAUAACAUUACGAAACUGCUGUUUGUGGUGGUGGUCCUGCUGGCCUUAAUAAUGGUGGCUCUGCAGAACUUUGUGGGUGCCUGGUACAUCAACUACUGGCGUUUCUUCCUUCUCUUCUCCUACAUCAUCCCGCUGGCGUAA